AAUAUCGCCCAUUGCUAGCAAGAAGUGUUUGAAAAGUAGUGUUCUUAGAUUUUUAAAGGCACAAAUCUUAUUAAUAGUCGCAGUGAAUUAAUACUUCACACGAACUCAAAACCCGAAGUGAUCAUAUUUAGUUAGUCAUUUUGGUUGAAUUGCGUUCUGACCGGUGAAUAACAAAUUGUAGUGCCAAAAAUAUCAAUACGAACAAAGAAAUUUGCGUUUCAGAUCUGCCAAAAUGUCCCUCUACCCAUCGCUCGAAGACAUGCAAGCGGACAAACUGCUGCAGUCCCAGAAUGCUGCUAUCGCGAACGCUGCGGAAGCUCAACGUCAGCGCCACCAAGCGUCUGGAUACCAGGAUGCCCCAUCACCAUAUUCGAUGAAUCCUUAUCCGCAACUGAAUGCUUUGGAACCGGCCUUUCCGGUUACCGUAAAUGAAAAAGAAGCUGCCAAGAAGACUGACGAGUUCUUCUACCCUGAUCUGGCGGAUUACAUGGGAUUGGAGUUGAGUCGUGAAAUGAUUGCCGCCAAUAUGCCGGAAUAUUUGAACCGUGACUGGCGCGUCACACGCUACCAAGCUGAAGUAUCUCCCGUAGCUAGCGUUAACAAUGCACAAAUGGUCGCACCGAUCUCGGCGGGCUCAGUAGGAUUACAACGUGGUCAAGUGACCAAUGGAAUUCGUGAGUUGAUUCUCUGCAAGGAUGCAAACAAAAAGGUUGGACUUCGCGCACAGGCUAUCAACAAGGGAGUAUUUGUGGCCCUAGUAGUUAAGAACAGUCCGGCAGCUUUGGCAGGUCUUAGGUUUGGAGAUCAAAUUCUGCAAAUCAAUGGAACUGUUGUGGCUGGCUUCUCGGACGAUGACGUACACAAGCUGCUGAAAAAAAGUGCAAGCAACAAUAUUUCGCUGGUGGUGCGAGAUCGACCCUUCGAAAGGGCUAUUACUCUUCACAAAGACAGCGCUGGCAAUGUUGGUUUUCAGUUCAAUAAUGGUGCAAUUACUGCGAUAGUGAAGGAUUCUUCUGCUGCACGAAACGGACUUUUAAUUGACCAUCAAAUUCUGGAAAUAAAUGGCCAGAACGUGAUAGAAUUGAAGGACAAAGAAAUAAGUCAGCUGAUUAGCACAGGCGGACAGAUCAUAACGAUAACCAUUAUACCUACUAUCAUAUACAAUAUUAUGAUGAAAAAGCUUCCGACCUCGUUCAUCAAAGGAAAAAUGGAUCAUUCAGUACCAGACUUUUAAGCUCCACGUACAUGUAUUUGAGCAAAUAAAAUAAAUUCCACUAAUGUUUUUUCCACUUUAGUAAUACAAGCAUAUUAUUCAAUAACUAUUAUACCAUGUUAUACAUUUUAGUGGACAUAUUCAACUUUUAAUACCAGAAUGCAAUGCAGGUUAACAACUUUUGCACUUUAUGUGAAGGUGUAGUGUUAUUGUUAAGAUAUUCUCGAAUAUCUGUAACUUCAGCCAUUUUUAUAUUAUACUACCCGUAGUAAUUUCUACAGACGCUUAUAUGGCUAGGAAUAAAUUCCGCGCCUCUUUAUGAAGAUAGUUUUACAAAUAAAGUGAACUGUAUCACUACCACCUCAAAGUAGUGCUAGUGAAAGCCGAAAA